AUGGGUAUCAAUUGGAGCCGAGAGUCCCUCCCCGGGCCCGUCGGGCCCUUCAUCUCUCCCACUUAUGAGGUCGAGAUGAUCAACAAGGGCGAUUUCGCAGCAGCGACGGCAGUGUGGGGUUUGACCGUCAUCUGGGGCGGUGUCUGCGCGUGGCAGGGUUAUCACCAGACGAAGCAAGCUCGCAACCCGUGGCGGAGUGCCUACAUUUGGCUCAUCUGGCUGGAGCUCGUUGUCUCAUUGAUCAUGGGCGCUGAAUGUUGGAUCUUCAUGCUGCGGUUGAUCCACCCGAGUUUCGCCUUCUACAUGAGCAUCCUGUUCUUGUGGUGUAUCCAGGUGCAGCUUCUGCUUCAAGUCAUCAUCAAUCGUGUCCGAGUCAUCUCCAUGAACAAGGACAAAGCAAGAAACAUCAUGAUUGGUACCGCCUUCAUCGUCACUAUGAUCAACAUCAGCGUCUUCAACAUCUGGAUUCCCGCUCGUCUGCAGAUCUCGCCGAGAUAUAUCCACAUCAACGAGGUCUGGGAUCGCGUCGAGAAGGUCAUUUACCUGGUCAUGGACGCCAUCCUCAACGCCUACUUCAUCAAGUCUGUGCGGAAGAACCUUGUCGCCAACGGUCUGCAGAAGUACAGCUCGCUGCUCAAGUUCAACGUGCGCAUCAUUGCCGUCUCGCUGCUCAUGGACGUCAUGAUUAUCGCUGCCAUGUCGAUUCCGAACUCCUUUGUGUACAUCCAGUUCCAUCCGCUUGCCUACCUGGUCAAGCUUAACAUCGAGUUGACCAUGGCCGACCUCAUUCGCAGGAUCGCCAUCUCUGCCGCCUCCAAGCGUGGCAACGGUGUCAGCGUCCACCACGAGUUUGUGUAUGCCAAUGGCAGCAGCGGCAAGGGCACGCAGCACACUGCCAUGGAGCUCUCCAGCACCCAUGGCCGUUCCGAUUCGAGAUUCGAGUUCGAAGGAGAGGGUAUCCAGAAGACGCAAGAAGUCGUGAUUCGCAGCAUGCCAAACCCCGACAUGAAGAGCCCGAUGCACGACGUGGACCAGCUUUCCAAUUCCAGCACAAAGGACGAGGGCAGCUCCACAACCGGACCCGAUGCGGAACUGGACGACGAGAGCCAACUGGUGCAAGACCCGUGGAACAACGGUAACGGCGUUUACAAGACCAAGAUCUCUACUGCGCAUCCGCACCACUAG